UCCAUACAUUUUCCACUCCCCCACUCUUUUCUCUCUCUGCAAAAAAAACCAACCAACCAAAAUGGACAGUGCAACAAGAAGAGGGCCUUUGUUUCCUUGACAAAAACAAUAAUUGUCUUGCCUCUGAUCUAGCUGUAAUAGAAGCUGGACCUUUAGAGAACAACAUCAAAAUCACAACCCAUUGAUUUCUAGGUCUUCUUUAUUAUACUGCUUUACAAAGAGAAAGUAGUCUGAGGAAUCUUUCUUCCAUUUCAUCUUCUUCAAUGUCAUCACCAAGAUUGAAUAACACCAGAAGGUUAUAUGAUGCUAGAUUUAAAGAAAAACAACCCCAUUUCUUGGAAGCUUGUUUUCUUUGUAAGAAACCACUUGGUCAUAACAGAGACAUCUUCAUGUACAGAGGGGACAUUCCAUUCUGUAGUGAAGAGUGCAGGGAAGAGCAGAUAGAAAUGGAUGAAGCCAAGGAGCAAAAAUUCAAUCUUUCAGCUUCUAAGAAGGCUUUGAGAAAAAAGGACCAGACAAAGUCCACUACUCCUAAUAAAACUACACAAGACUACCCUUUAUACAGAGGCCCUGUUGCUGCAGCUUGAAUGAAUAAACAAAAUACUAUACUAUGAGGAAAUUAAAUAAUUUUCAUUCCAUCUAUUAACUGCAGGGCAACAAAGAAAGUAAGAAUACUAAAAAGGGGUAACUAAUAUGGCCAAGUAAAUUCAGAGUGAGACACAGGGAGUGGAGAAGAGAUGUUAAAGUGAAAGCUAAAGGGAUCAUUGUAGAUGAGAUGAAGAAGCAGAAAAAUGUUUCUUUUAAAGAAUGUAUAUGAGGUAAGAUUGGACCUGUCUUUUUGCUGGUUAUUCUAUGUGAUUAUAAAAGUAAUGGCUAUACUUUUGGUGGUAUGCCAAAGUAUUUUGGUACCACUUUUUAUGGUUUCCUCAGCUGUUUUCAUGAUGGAAAAAGAGGUGCAAUGAUAGGAAUUUCUACUUUUGUCACAACUGGCUGUGUCCACUAUCAUUUUUGUUCUAUUCUAUCUUCAAUUCUGUCUUGAUGUAUACCAGCCAGGUUC